AUGAGGAUCCUGUUUGUGUCUGUGAUUUUGCUGCACCUCACUGGGACCUGUUUCUGCCAAUUCCCCCGUGCAUGUGCCACCUCAGAGGGCCUUCGGACCAAAGUGUGUUGCCCAGUGUGGGAGGGCGACGGCUCAGCUUGCGGUGCCCUCACAGGCCGGGGCUUUUGCGCUGAUGUGGUGGUCUCAGACGAGCCCCACGGGCCCCAGUAUCCACAUAGGGGUGUUGAUGACAGGGAGCAGUGGCCUUUAGCUUUCUUCAACAGGACAUGCCGCUGUGCUGGAAACUAUGGUGGUUUUAACUGUGGUGAAUGUAAAUUUGGGUACUGGGGUUCUAACUGUGCUGAGUAUAGGGUGUCUGUACGCAGGAACAUCAUGAGCAUGUCCACAGCUGAGCAGCAAAAGUUUAUUUCCUAUCUCAACCUGGCCAAGAACACCAUCAGCAGAGAUUUUGUCAUCACCACAGGUACUAGAAAAGAGAUGGGGGACAAUGGAGAGAACCCCAUGUUUGCAAACAUCAACACCUAUGAUCUGUUUGUCUGGAUGCACUACUACGUGUCCCGGGAUGCUCUCCUGGGAGGGCCAGGCAAUGUUUGGGCAGACAUUGACUUUGCCCAUGAAUCAGCAGCAUUUCUACCCUGGCACCGAGUCUUCUUAUUGAUGUGGGAGAACGAGAUUAGGAAGCUUACGGGAGAUUUUAACUUCACCAUUCCAUACUGGGACUGGAGGGAUGCCCAGACCUGUGAGGUGUGCACUGAUUCACUGAUGGGGGCCCGCAGCUCCUUUAAUCCCAACCUGAUCAGCCCUGCAUCUGUAUUCUCCUCCUGGAAGGUAAUUUGCACCCAGCCAGAAGAUUACAACAACCGAGAGGUCCUCUGUGAUGCUUCAGGGGAGGGCCCGCUGUUGCGCAACCCAGGAAACCAUGAUCCAUUGCGUGUGUCACGUCUCCCUACAUCAGGUGACGUGGAGUUUGCUGUAGGCCUUCCCCAGUAUGAGACAGGACCCAUGGACCGUUUUGCUAAUUUGAGCUUUAGAAAUGUACUGGAAGGUUUUGCCAGUCCAGAGACAGGUAUGGCAGUGCCAGGUCAGAGCACCAUGCACAAUGCCCUGCACCUCUUCAUGAAUGGCACCAUGUCCUCAGUUCAAGGGUCAGCCAAUGACCCCAUAUUCCUGCUGCACCAUGCCUUCAUUGAUAGCAUCUUUGAGCGCUGGCUCAGGACCCAGCAGCCUAUCCGGACCCAUUACCCACAAACCAAUGCCCCUAUUGGCCACAAUGACGGCUACUACAUGGUACCAUUUAUACCUCUCUAUAGAAACGGAGACUACUUUCUCUCCAACAAGGUUCUAGGAUUUGAAUACGCCUACCUGUUGGACCCUGGUCAGAGGUUCCUCCAGGAGUUCAUAACGCCGUACCUCGAGCAGGCACAGCGGAUCUGGCAGUGGCUGCUGGGAGCUGGGAUGCUUGGGGCGCUGAUUGCAGCAAUUAUUGCUGGAAUAAUUGUUGUCAUAAGAAAGAAGUGGAAGCGAAGCCAGAGGAGAAAGAGGGUGCCAAGCUUUGGAGAGAGACAGCCACUUCUGCACAGCAGCUCAGAUGAUGGAUCAGCUUCAUACCAGAAUACUCUGUAA